AACGACGACGGCGACGACAUUCAGUCGAGACUUAUUAUAGCCGACGAUUUUCUCUCGAACAGUGCAGGAAACGAGUUGCGAAGGCACAUCCAAGUUGAUUAAAUAGCUCUUGUGCGCCUCCCCAUCACGCCCCAUAUUUAUAGUGGCCGCUGCGUUGUUCUAUUAACACUCACUUGAUUUAUUUUCUCAUUUCUGCUUGCGUCCACCUCGAAUCCAAUCGCUAACAUGGGUAAUGCAUCAAGCAAUGUGACGAGCGGAAUUAAAAAGCAGGCGGAAGGUGCUGCGUCGUCGACUUGCUACAAGCUGGUCGAUCUCAAAGGGGGUGGUCUCCUGAUUGAAUUAAUGAAGAAGGCUGUCAAGACAAAGGAUUUUACGGAAGUAGACAGGACUAUCGUCGAAAUGGUAGAGCCUUGUCUCUACAACAAAGGCGCCGGCAAAAUGGUUCACAUCGCUCAUCUGGUUUUACUUAGAAACAGGGACCGAGCCAAAACGAAAUUGCUACCCUGUUUGAAAGAUGUAGAAGAUCCUUAUAAGUUCGACAUUGAAAAAUACGUGGCUGAAAACUUCGCCAAUGACAAAGAUCCGACGCACUAUCGGGAAGUGUGCUGGGAUUUGGAACAACGCGGUGGCGUCGGUGAAACUGUUAUGCAUCUGUGCUUACUCUCGGCUACUUCGAUUCACGCAGACUUGGCAAAGCGGCUUCUCAAGUUCUAUCCAAAACUGAUCGUCGAUAUUUACCUCGACGAAGAAUAUUAUGGCGAGAAUGUCCUCCACAUCGCAAUCGUCAACGAAGAUCCGGCCAUGGUUAAAUACUUGCUGGAUCACGGGGUCAAUUACCAAGAUCGUUGCUGUGGCAAUUUCAUGAGUCCAGAAGAUCAAAAAGCAAGUCGUUACGAUAGCCUAACUUCAGAGGUUGUCUUAAACGAUCCAGCCACUAAUUACGACGGUUAUGUGUACUGGGGAGAGUAUCCUCUGUCUUUCGCCGCUUGUCUCGGCCAAGAAGAGUGUUAUCGAUUGGUGCUGGCCAAAGGUGCGGACCCCAACGGACAGGACAGCAACGGCAACACCGUUCUUCACAUGUUGGUCAUUUACGACAAACAGGCAAUGUUUGACAUGGCUCACGAGCUCGGUUCUUUGCUGAAUAUUCGCAACCGAUUGGGUCUCACUCCGCUGACUCUGGCGGCCAAAUUAGCUCGUCGUGACAUGUUUUUUCACAUCCUCAAAAUCCAAAAAGAAGUCUACUGGCAAUUGGGUAACGUAACAUGUAGCGCUUAUGCGCUUCCCCAGUUGGAUACGAUCGACAGCGUCACAGGGGGCAUUGACAAGGAUUCAGUCCUCAACCUCGUUGUUUUCGGGGAUUCAGAAGCCCACUUAGAGCUGAUGGACGAUGUCGUCAUUGACCUACUGAAUGCCAAGUGGAACACUUUCAUCAAAUUCCGGUUCUAUCGAUGCUUCUUCCUCUUUGCAUUGUACUUUGCAAUAUCGUUAAUUUGCUUCACGGUCCGCCCAAGUCCUCCCCCCCGUCUGCAAGAGAUAACCACCACACCCAGCUACACGACCACUGACAUGACAUGGCCUUCGUCCUCUUUUUCAUCAUCCGAAAUGCCAAUGUCCAGUACUAGUUAUUGGUCAACGGAAAAUGACACUAUAGAUCCAUCUACUUACGAUGAUUGGAAUGGAACGGUCACUGAUCCAACAAAGCCCCUUCGUACGGAUCCCACGAUUCCCAUUACUAGUACUCGUCCUCGUACAACCAGCAACCCGGUGACGUCAUCCAUAUAUCCUAAAACGGGACACAAACACGCCCCUGUGGAUGCAUGCAUUUUACAAAAUUAUGACUCCACAAUCCAAGGAUAUGCCAGGAUGGUUGGCGAAGCCGGGGUCUUGAUGGGUGUAGUUUUAUAUCUGGGUGCAGCAGCUCGAGAAGCUAGAUUCCUCGGCAGGAAGAUGUUCUUCGAGAAUUUGGCCACUGCUCCAUCGAGAGUCCUAUUUCUAAUCUCCUGCACGCUUGUGAUUGGAAUGGUCUUCCUGCGUUGGUUCUGUCUUCGGGCUGAAGAAGAUCUCGUUGCUGUACUGGUUAUGCUGUUCACCGCACCGUAUUUCCUAUUCUUCUGCAGGGGCUUCAAAAAGGUCGGGCCUUUCGUCGUCAUGAUUUACCGCAUGAUUAUGGGAGACCUGUUGCGUUUCGUCACCAUUUACGUGGUGUUUAUCAUGGGUUUCUCUCAAGCGUAUUACAUCGUAUUCCUGACUCAUCCGCCGAAUCGCGAACACGCUGAAAAUCCAAUGCCAAGCCCGGUCGACUCGGUGAUGAUGAUGUUUCUCAUGUCUCUCUAUAAUUUUGGCGGUACUUACGAAGCUUUUGGGCGAACGGAGCAUGAAACUGUAGCCAAGAUUCUCUUCGUCAUUUACAUGGCAAUUGUCGGCAUUCUUCUAAUCAACAUGUUGAUCGCUAUGAUGGGUAACACUUAUACAAAAAUUGCCGAAACGAGGAACGAAUGGCAGCGCCAGUGGGCUCGUAUUGUCCUCGUGGUGGAGAGAGGUGUCGACCCUAAAGCUCGCUUAGAAAAUCAGCGUCUCUAUUCACAGCCGAUGGUGGACGGAAGAAGAGCAUUCAUGCUUCGGCAGCAGCAAUCAGAGGAGGACAUGGAGGAGAUGAAGGAGUUGGAUGACAUCAGAACUACGCACAAGCGCAGCGUGGCAAGAAGGGCUGCAAAACUGGCAGAGGCUCAGGCAGCGGCUAAGGCUGGUACGAACGGCAGUGCAUGUCCUCCUACACUCAUCACUCAAAACGCCACUUUGCCGAUAACGAAAACCCAAUUUUGA